CCUCAACAGCAGCAGCAAUUCCAGUAUGUUUGUACCGACCCAGGCUGCACCAGAAGCUAUGAGAAGAGGCAUGAGCUCAAGUAGGUUUAGAAAAUUUUACUCUAUUUCUGGGCGUUUCUGACAUUGGAGACGCAGUCGGCACAUGAGGAAGCACAGCAAGCCAUGCGCUUGUUCAGUUGAAAGUUGUACUGAGCGGUUUGCGGAUAAGAAGAGUUUGGACCGACAUCAGGCCACCCAUGGAAUUGGAAGGGAUUCACUUGACUGUCCUGACUGCACCAAAAAGUUCACGAGGGCUGACAACCUGUUCCGCCAUCAGCAGAAUAAGCACUCGAAAGGCUAAAGAGGCCCUGAUUUUAGAAUGGAUCCAAGCAAUGCCUUUAUGUUACGUUUCUGGUUGUAGUUUGCGGUUUUGGAUAGUAUAUUUGGUGUUUGAUACUCACGGCAUUGCCACAAACUCAACUUCGGCGUUUCUAGUUUUCCUCAGACUUUCUUACAAUUAUUCUGGAUGUCGUUAAUUAAGGUAGUCAAGGUUAAAUCAAAUAUCCGUGUGCACUUGCG